AUGGCGAAUUCUAUCGAAAGAUCGAAAUCAAGACGGGAUCAUCAAGAAGCACCUAUACAUAGCGCCGGACCAUUGGAAGAAGACGGCGGUUCUAUCCAUACAGAUAAGUUCACAUCAGAAGGUGGACUUAUUCGAUCCUGGCCAAGCGGUAGGGACCCAUAUUACCCAAACCCAUCAUCAGUAUUCCACGGUUGUCUGCGUCAUGAAUAUGUGAUACAGAUUUGGAACAAGCAAGCUGUGGAUCUAAGUCGUGAUGACACUUAUGAGAUAGCUGUACAGAAACACGUCUACAACAAGUGGUUCGAGGGUAUAGAAUUUAUCAAAGAUGGAAACGUCUACAUAAUUGGCGCGGACAUUCCACUUUCUAGCGAUAAAUAUGGUCGUGGUACCACAGAAUAUACAUAUAUUGUUAAAGUUGAUGGGUAUACAUUCAUUGUAGGGCAGCCUUUGAAAUAUUCAGAACGUCGCCUUCAAAUGGGUAGUGCAAAUCGGAUGUCUCUCGGCAUAAAAUGUAAUCGACAAAAAUUAGAAAUUCAUCCCAGCGAAAACUUCUGGAACCUACCGAAAUCGCACCGUCAUCACAUUCUCAGGUUUCCACAAGAAAUUCUCGACAUAAUAUUCAACUACUUGUUAUGGAUCCCAAAGGCAUCUUUGGAUCCAGAUGUUAUUAUCACUAACGUGGGACGUUCAAUUAUGAAUAACGAGAAACCCAGCUACGAGGCUACUCUUUUGGAUGAGACUCAUCCAAUGUACGGCUGUGAUGCAAAAUAUGAGCCCUGGAGAGGACCCACAAUGAUCAAAGAAAAGAAGAUAUGCCAUGGAGGAAGGGAGAUCAUACAAUUAAAUAGGAUUUUGCGCCGAGUGAUUGAUAUUACUUGCCUCCAAACUUGCAAGAAAUUCUUCAAAUUCGGAUCUGAAAUUCUUUACCGGAAAAACAUCUUCAAGUUUCCUAUAGAGACUAUCGGGCCCUACAGACAUGAAACAUGUUGGAUCGAAGGAGAGUUUUACAAACCUGAUCGUGAAAAGCCGGAACUUGGUCAACUGUAUGAUUGGCCACAAGCAAUUCCCUAUGUCAUGGAGCAGAUUCGGCAAGACGUUCCACUAAGAGAAUUAGCUGGCUGGGCAUAUCACGAUCUAUUCCUCCGCUUUCUCUACGUCAUUCGUCCAAGAAAUGUAGACCUGAUAAAGCAUUUAUACUUCUGGGGAACAGCACCACUGCACAGCUGCAAUUCAAAGUUUCGCGAUGGCAGAUGUCCCAAUUGCCCCGACAAUUUAUUUCCCGAGAUGUGCAUAUAUAUCCAAUUCAUCAACGAACUGUGUCCAAGUGUGGAGAGUGUAACAUUGGAAAUUGAUGCACCGGCGUGUUCCGAUGCAUACGACAGUGAUUUCUCUCUAUCAAAGGAGAGAGACUAUGAGCAUUCGAUUACUCCAUUCUUGAUGAAUCAGAUUCGGGAGCUCAAAUAUGUUAAGUCGUUGACUCUUCGUUCUUGGGACACGGGUGGGUUAAAAUAUGCCUAUGAUAAUCCUGAUCGGGUUCGUGGCGCUCAAGAUUUGGACUUUCCAAUUGCAAAAGCAACAAUUAAAUGGUUCAAAGACAGGGCGAUAGGCUGGGCGAAGGAAGAGCAGUAG